UGCUCUUAAUACACGUGUCCCGUACCAUCAAAUAUUUUUUUACAGAGAUUACUGUACAUUACAGCUCGCAAGCAUUUGUAACAUUCAGUAUAUUACACAAGCGCGCACUUUUACGGUUUCUAUGAUUUAAAGUUAAUUUGACUUAGCAGCAUCGGAUUAUUGCAUAUUGAUUGUCACAUUUGUAAAUAACGCACUAUUUCCGAAGAAUUCCCGUUUAAUUUCACAGAUAUUUCUCAGAUAAAUAUUGAGUAAACCAUAGCAAUCUGCUGACAGGGAAACGUUAACAAUCCCAAAAUAGCGAUCAGCAUGAGGUAAAACAAUAGCCUCAUAAAAUGUCCAGCCGCAUCUAUUUCAACUUCAAAAUGCACAGCAGGAGAUUAUAUAUUUCGACUAUAUAAAAAUAAUUCACAAGCAAUACAUGCUUUCGUAUGAUGUGCACAAACAAAAUAUCGCUUUCUUUUGAUGUAAAAUCAAUGUUUGGAAAUCGUAACGAUAUUUGUGUUAUGUUGCGACUGAAUGAGCGAAUUUAUGACAUGGCGUAAUCCUUUUAUCUGUUUAUUUGGAGAUUCCGUCUUUAGCGAUUUCCAAGUUCCGCUAUAAAAUAUCAAUUGGUUCUGCGCUCAAAGUACGGAAUUAAAAAAAAAAGUCACAAAAUCGCUCGUCCAGUCACACAAUAAUUGGUUCACGUUAACAUCCGGUGGCUCUAACAUUAUCCAGACUUUACAGAACUGCGUCGGAACAACGCCGGCUCGAAACGACAACGGAAAGACAGAGCAGCGGGGCUCGAAAGAGUCGAUGGAAACGUGCCAGAGUGUCAGUAAAAUCAUCAGCGACGCGGCGAAGAUUUCCCAUCUGGUGGAAGCGAGGCCUGUCAAGCCCGACAACGACGGCGUUGCGAUAAAUAACAGCGAUAAACGAUCGAUCGAUCCGCGCCCGGUCAACUGUCAAAGAAACAUCCUACCGCGAACCGCCGAGUCAAGCGUCGUGACUGAUCAAAACGGAUACGUAGCAGGACAAAAACGUGGCAGUAAACGUAAAUUCGACAAUCUGGAAGGUCGAGCGAUGACGGUCGAACUCGAUUUAAGAGCCGGCAGUCAGCAGGAUAGAUCGAGAGUGAUCGAAAGUGUAAAGCCACGUGUCAAGAAUACGCUAACGACGUUCAGUCCAGCUGAAAAGGCUGAUAGAAAUAGGAUGAAAAACGGGAGACUGCCGACGGAAGGAAAGCCGUUCUGGAAAAGGCACACACCGAAGUACGCGAGUUUCUUGAGAAUGUUUCGCAAGGAGGAGACAGAUCGACUUGGCGAUAAUUCCUCAUCUUGGAGGAACGAAGGGGAAGGAUCUCAACAUCGAAGAGGACUUUCCGUAGAAAGUCCCAGCACCGAACAUGAUAAACGAGCGAAUCCGCGAAUCCAAAGAAGAACGCCGACCCCGAGAAGCACGGUACACACGACUUACAAUCCCAUAAUGCACUCAUCGGCGACUGAUCCCAUUUUAGAUUCCAGCGGUCUCACGAUUCAGCUUCUGAGGCUGGCCGUUUUAUUAUACGCGCCCACGUUAACGUCGGCGUUGAAUUCAUUAAUCGCGCAGCAGAAUCAACAAACGCCCGCGUCGACAUCUUCCGCUUUCGAAGGAUCCAACGAUCUAUUAUUGCAAAUCUUUCGGCUGCUCAACGAGCAACAAUCCAUUCCCAAUUUGCCGUUCGUAUCGAUCGGAUCUGAGAGAGCUUCCUCGGCCUUAACCGCGGAGACGAAUGGCGAGAGUUCGCAGUCACUUUUCGACGAGAAGGAAAAGAACACCUCGAUUGUUUUGGAAAAAUCCGAUCUUGUUUCGGAACAAGGAUCUAUCUCCGCCGGCAAGAACGGUUUGAAAUCGAACAACUACGUGCAACAUCAAAACGAAAAAAGCAGAAAGUGGCGACUGACAUCGAUGUUAACUGAUCCUAGUUUGAGAUUGGACAGGAACAUCUUUAGGGUGGAGGACUUUCGGAAAUUCGAGGAAUUCUUGAAGGCCAAGAAGACGCGCCCGGAAACUGUCCAUUCUCUGACCACGAAAGGCAGAAAUGAGGUCGUCAUGAAGGAGUACUUCCGGAACUGGUUGCAUCGGUUGCUGCGGCAACUAAACUCGGCGAGCAGUAAUCAGCCCGUGAACGGUGAAGAGAGAAGAUGUCCCGAAGGAUCUUCAAAGACCGCAGGCGAAACUCGCUUGGAAGAGGUAGAAGGACAGCAAAACGGAGACUAUUUAAUAUCUGACGAUUCGCUGGAUUCCUCGAGAGAGGGCAGUAAUAUCUUUUCGGAGCGCGAGGAAGUGGAUUCCGACGAUCAGAAAUCGUUUACUUCUGCUACAAGCACAAACUCCUCGAGAUCUUUGCAAUUUAAGCAGGACAACAUAAAUGUCGUAGAAAAGGAAGAAAAAUUGCCACAAAAUAAAAAUUUGCAGAAUUAAUAACAAAUGAUAAUAAAUGGGCACGUAUAUACAGAUGAGAUAAUAAAAUCGUCUCAUAGCUUCAUCAACAAAAUGGCGUUUACUUUGCCUCGGUAGAUUGUGAAAAAAUCUCUUGCAACUCGAAAACUAUCGUACUGUCGUCAGGAUUUGGUCUAAGCUCGGACCAUGUGGCAGGUAUGUGAGGACGCUUGCGCGAACGGUUGAACACGUGGUGAACGCCGCAAAGCCGAGCUUUCCUGCGGCGGAUCGCUCGUCGACAGCUUGCAGUCG